GACGGCGCAUACCAGUAUACCCAUCCAGUGUUUACAAGCUUGGCUUUUUUUCCCACCACAGCUGGAGCAGUUGUCGAAUUUGCAUACCACUUGGUGACUCCCACUGGCCUUGCAAGCCUCGAGGUCCAGUACGUGGAUCCACUGGAUGCAGGAGUCUGGAAGAAGCUUUGGUCUCGAAAGGGCUCCCAAGGAGCCGACUGGCUGCAGGCGAAAGUGAUGGUACCCGUGGGCACCCAACGCCUGCGCUUUGUGGCAGUGAGCACUCCUGGGGAGCCGGCAGUAGUGGCUGUGGAUGCAGUCACGGCAUUUCAGCUUGAGGGGGGAGCUCCGGAUGUCAUUUCUCUCUGUUCGAAGAUGACGCACAGCUGCGCUGCUCACCUUCUCACGGGGCAGCUCAAGUGCUGGGGAUCAGGCAACUUUGCUCAGCUAGGCUAUGGUGGCUUGACCGUGGUGGGUGCUGGUCCAGGUGAGAUGGGUGCGCACCUGCCAGCGAUUGAUUUGGGAGAGGGUAGUGACGCCCUGCAGGUGGCAUGCGGUGUUUACAGCACCUGCGUAAUUCUACGCAGUGGUUCCCUGAAGUGUUUUGGCUUGAUUGGUGAUAGCGGUUCAGCGCCAAUUAGCCUUGGGGUCAUGCACCCCGGAGCCAUUGGAGACGAGUCAGAUGAGAUGGGCUCCAACCUGCCAUCGCUCAGCUUGGCUGCGGGCGAAACAGUCAAGCAAGUCGAAGUCGGUGUAUUCCACACCUGCGCGUUGCUGCAUACAGGAGCUGUAAAGUGCUUUGGCCAGCGUGCCUACUUAGGUUUGGGAGAUGGGCUCUGGUCAUACGUUGAGAUGGGCGAUGCACUUCCAGCAGUUGAUCUGGGGACGAACUUUACAGUGGUGCAAUUGGCUGUUGGGCUUUAUCACACCUGCGCUUUGUCGAGUCAAGGCACCAUAAAGUGUUGGGGUCAAGGUCCCGGCCGAGGUCUAGGACUUGUGGACUCCAACGGAGUGCAGCCCACGGACAUGGGGGACCAGCUGCCCUUUCUCGACCUCAUUCCCGCCGUGCAGAUUUCGGCUGGUUGGGGCUUCACCUGCGCUGCCGCUUGCCUAAAUGUCCAGCAUGUGAACGCCCUUUGUGCUUUUCUUUAUUGGCAGGUGCUUUCCGAUGGCACGGUCCGGUGUUGGGGAUCAAACCAGUUUGGCCAGUUGGGCCAGGAGCACCCCUCAGAUGCGCCCUUGGCUCACAAGGGCCUUCUUCCAGUGUCUCUGGGUGAGGGCAUGCUGGCCAUGAGGGUCGAAGUAGGUCUUUUCCACGCAUGCGCCAUCCUGCAAGAUGGGACCUUGAAAUGUUGGGGCCGCGGGUCGACAGGACAGCCGGGGCUUGGCCAGGGUAGCACCGCGAACAUUGGUGAUGGGCCCUCGCAGAUGGGCGACCACUUGCCCCCAAUCGACCUUGCCAACCUUGCAGUGCGCCAAGUGUCGUUAGGUGUCACCCACACAUGCGCGCUGUUGGAGGAUGACAGAGUCCGUUGUUGGGGAGACAACAGUGCGGGCCAGCUUGGCAUUGGCAGCACCACCUCAAUGGGAACAAAGCAGAGCGAGAUGGGGGAAGCCCUGCCGCCAACUGACCUCUUUCUUGUAACUCCGGGCGAAGAGAUGCAGGGUCUGAGACUGAUAGGCACGGAAAGCUCUGGGAUGCUCCAGAUCCAGUACAAUGGCUCCUUUGGGCUUGUCUGCGAUGACCUGUGGAGCGAGACCGCUGCGCAAGUCGUAUGUCGCGAGCUGGGCCUGGCGGGUGGCCGGGCAUUCUCUGCAGCUCAGCAAGACAUUUAA